AGUAGCGGCGUAUGUGAUAAUACAGGUGGGGUGAGACUUAUGACUUAACCCAAGUUUCUCACUCACAGAGAGAGUCACAGGAGAAGCAGCAAAAACCUAGACUUCAGUUGGAGGCUUGAGCCCUUUUUUUACAGAAUGGAUUCAGUCUUGUCUGCAAUUGGAUUCUUUAUGUAUUGGGAUGUCAAAAGCCUGCUGCUUUUCAUGGCAAUUUUCAUCCUCAGUGCAGAUUAUAUUAAGAACCGUCGGCCGGCCAGCUUCCCUCCAGGACCCCGGGCAUUUCCUAUUGUGGGCAACAUGUUCUCUCUGGACCACAAGAGGACCCAUGAAGAUUUGAUGCAGUUAGCAGGCAGAUACGGAGACGUGUUCAGCCUGCGAAUGGGCCAGACUUGGAUGGUGGUGUUAAACAGGUUUGAAGUGAUGAAAGAGGCUCUGGUGAAUCAGGGAGACAGUCUGGCAGACCGUCCAGACCUCCCUCUGCAGAACGACAUAGGCCAUGGACUAGGUGUAAUUAUCAGUAACGGGAGCUUGUGGAAGCAGCAGAGGCGUUUCGCACUUUCAACCCUCAGAUAUUUUGGAUUUGGAAAGAAAUCGCUUGAACCUGUUAUCUUGGAUGAAUUUACACAUUGUGCAAAGGACUUCAGGAGUUUUAAAGGCAAGUCAUUUGCCCCACAUCUCAUCAUCAACAAGACUGUCUCCAACAUCAUCUGCUCCCUGGUCUUUGGCCAUCGCUUUGAGUACAACGAUGAGAAGUUUGGGAAACUGAUGAUGUGGUUUGGCCAAAGUAUUCAGAUUGAGGCAUCCAUUUGGGCGCAACUUUACAACUCAUUCCCUCAGCUGAUGAGAUGUUUGCCAGGACCACAUAAGACAGUACAGAACAUCUGGAAUGAUGUAAAGGACUUCAUAAGAGAAGAGCUUAAGGAGCACAGACAAAACUGGGAUCCCUCAGACCCAAGAGACUACAUUGACUGCUACCUGAAUGAGAUUCAAAAGACUGAAGGGCAUGCUGACAGCACUUUUGAUGAGGAAAACCUGAUUGUGUGUGUCUUGGAUCUGUUUGUGGCUGGCUCUGAGACCACAUCCACCACCCUGCGCUGGGCUUUCCUGUACAUGGCAAAGUACCCUGAGAUACAGGAAAAGGUCCAGGCUGAGAUAGACAGAGUGCUCGGACAGUCCAGACAGCCGACCAUGGAAGAUCGUGUAAACCUGCCCUACACUGACGCUGUCAUCCACGAGGUCCAGAGGAUAGGUAACAUAGUUCCCCUCAGCCUGCCUCAUGUUACCAGCAAAGACAUCCAGCUUGGAGGCUACACAGUCCCAAAGGGAGUUACAAUAAUUCCCAAUCUGACCUCGGUGCUGUUUGACAAAAAUGAGUGGGAGACGCCCUUUACCUUCAACCCAGGACACUUCCUGAACGAGGAGGGCAAGUUUGUGAAGCGACCUGCUUUCAUCCCUUUCUCUGCUGGUAAGCGAGUGUGUCUUGGGGAGAACCUGGCCAGGAUGGAACUUUUCCUCUUCUUCACCUCCUUUAUGCAGCACUUCACCUUCUCUAUGCCUGCUGGGGUGAAGCCCGUGAUGGACUACAGCUUUGGUAUCACUCUGGCACCGCAUCCAUAUGAGAUCUGUGCCACUUCGCGUUGA